AUGCCGCGCCCAACGAACAGGGAGGAGGCUCUGCAAAGAUUGCGCGAGACGAUCGCCACGGGCAAGAUAAUCCUAGGCGCUGGAGCUGGUAUUGGUCUCUCCGCCAAGUUCAUAGAGAAAGGCGGAGCAGACCUGAUCGUGCUCUACAAUAGCGGCCGGUUCCGCAUGGCAGGGCGGGGCUCUCUCGCGGGUCUCAUGCCUUACGGAGAUGCCAACGCUAUCGUCCUCGAGAUGGCAAACGAGGUGCUUCCGGUGGUGCAACGGGCAGGCGUGUUGGCGGGGGUGUGCGGCACAGACCCCUUCCGGUCAAUGCCCCACUUUCUGCGCCAGCUGAAGGACAUCGGCUUCUGCGGCGUGCAAAACUUCCCAACAGUCGGCCUCAUCGAUGGCACCUUCCGCCAGAACCUCGAAGAGACAGGUAUGGGCUACGGCCUCGAGGUCGACAUGAUCCGCGAGGCGCACCAGCUCGGGCUGCUCACGACGCCCUACGUGUUUGACGUGGCGCAGGCGGAGGCGAUGGCGCGUGCGGGUGCAGACGUGCUCGUCGUCCACAUGGGCCUGACCACGUCAGGCAGCAUUGGUGCGAAGACGAGCGUGACACUGGACGAUUGCGUGCGCACAGUCCAGGAGUGCCGGAACGCGGCGGUGCAGAUCAGCCCAGGGAUUAUCGUGUUGUGCCAUGGCGGUCCGAUCGCGAGGGUGGAAGAUGCGCAUUAUGUGCUGAGUAGGACGUCAGGCAUCCACGGAUUCUUUGGCGCGUCGAGCAUGGAGAGAUUGCCGGCAGAGGUUGCGAUUGAGGAAAACACAAAGGCAUUCAAGCAGCUUGCAUCAAGCAUGUAA